GUGUGUGUGCACGCGCGCGCACGCUCUUUUUUCUGGGAAGAGGAUCUCUAGCAUUCACAAGAUUCUCAAAGAAUCUGGGGCUGAAGAAAGGUAAGAACUGUCUGGAUAUUUUCUGACUUUCUUUAUGUUUGCACUCAUCAGAACAAACUAGGACAAAGUGGUUUUGAAAAGCAUGCACGUUUGUAGCUCAUUGUUUCAUUUUCACAUCCUCAGAUAUAAGUAUAUAAAAUUGGCCUCAAUUGUUCAUCUUUGAACAUACUCAGAUUGGGGCAAUACCACAUAAAUAGCAGCUUUCAGGUGACUCCCAAAGUUGGGUUCUACAAGUUCUUUCAUGAAUGGUCAAGGACCUCUCAGAAAGCCUUAAGACAAAAUGCCUUCUACAAAGUAGUCUCCUUUUGAAAUGAGAGUGGUAGCUGCUUUCCACAAUCUGGAUUUAAAUUCAUUUCAUCUGACCCCUAUAGGCUGACGGUAAUAAGCAUUCAAUAUACAGGGCUUUAUAUAGAACGCAUGCUUUUUUCAUCGUCCAGCAACACUUCAAGGUGAUUUACGUAAUUGAUCCAAAGUCUCACAGUUAGGAUGUUGUUGUGCUAAUCGUUGUGAAAAGACAACCGUUUUGUCAAAUCCAAGAAAAGGCCAUGUUUGUAUCUUUAUGAAUUGACACCUCAGUAAAUUAGAAACAAGGGUAAGCUUGUUUAGCACUUAAACAUGUUGAACGUUUUUAUUUUCCUGAGAGAGUAGAAUUACAACUUUGGGUAGGUCUUCUUCUAUCUUGUUUUCCCAAGAAAUGGGAAAAAGACCCUUUAGUGUUGCUGUAGAAAAGUGUGGCAUGUCACUUCUUGUUUAAUUAACCAAGCUGUUCCCUUCAAUGUAAUAUUCUUUUUUGAAUAGCGCUGAAGUGUGUUGCCUCUUGAAGGCUAUGAGGGGAUUUUCACCACCACUAGUAUAACUUUAAUGUUAUUUACUAUAUGUGAUGCGAACAAUUAUAAACCUGAAGGUAACAGUGGAAAUUUGAGGAUAGAUUGAAAGAAUCUCUCAACAAUGGGGGAGACUGCCUUAUACUUGGAGAACAGGAAGUUUUGGAAAAUAUUACAACUCCGUGUAUUUUGUUUCAUUAACACAAUUAUGUACCUUCUCUUUCAUGUACCCCCUGCCAUGUAUCUUUAUUUUGCCUAAUCCCAUUUCAGUCAUCAGAUUUUACUUUUUUAUUCCAUUUGUAACCUGGUAACUGAGAACAGAGGUUUGAGAGCAUAUAUUCCCCUGUGCUUCUUUAGGUAAUUGACUACCCUAUUAAGAUAAUUGUAUUCACUUUCUGAUAACUCUGAGAAACAGAGUCAUUUUCUUGGCCUGUGCUAAACUGGAACUUUUCCAUGGCAAUUUGUAUCUUUAACUUUCUUUGACACACUUAAGAUUUUAAUCAAGACACUGUUCAAAUUGUUUCAAUUUCUGUAGAGAGCAAAUCUCAAUAAUUUCAACGCAACAAAUGUAAGUUUGUGAUUUAUAGCCAUGUUCAGGGAACACAUGAUUAAAAGAAAAAACAUUAGUAAUGCAAAGAGCCCUGUUUUGGAAAUCUCAAAUCUUUGCUCGGUGACCUCCAUGGGCAGCUAUAAUCACCAUCAUCACCCUCUCCACCUCACAGGGUAGUCAGUGAUAAAAUGGAUAUAAGAGAGUUUUAUAAUAGGCAGGUCCUUUAUAUGUUUAAAAGGGAAGCUAUAUUUUAAGUACCUAUUACGUGCAUACAAAACCAUGCUCAAUUAUGACUUCAAGUAAGCAUUUCAGCCAAAUGGAAUCUCCCUGUCUGGAUGCAGAGCUUGGAGUCUGGAUCACUUGAUGGGUAAAGACAAAGUAUGUUCUUUAUAUUCUAGAACCAAUCCUGACUAUAGCAUUUGUGCCUCAGAAAGUUCUGAUUCACUGGGGCUGAGUACAAAUGAAUAGGCUGGUUCACUGAGGAGCUCCUUUUAAUGGAAAUAUUUACUUUGCUCGCUGGAAACAAAGGAUUACAGUGCCAGUAACUUGAGAAAAGGAGCUGCAGGCUAGGUCUGCAGAGAAAACAUGAACUGGGAAAUAAAGUAAUUUGGGGUUGAGUUUGGUCUGCACUUUCAUUCAGGCCUCAGAACUGCAUGACAUAGAGCAAUAGAAAUAUACUCUCCACGGCAUAUAAGGCCUUCCUUUGGGGACCUGGAAGGAAACACUGUCCCAAAUCGAUAGAGAAAUGACGAAGCCUCAUAUUCGCCAAGGCCGGGUGAUUUUGGCAUAAACUUGGCAAGGAAAGCAAAUGAGAAGGCAGACAAGGGGGUGGGUGGAGGAAAGCUUGCCUCAGCCCAGCAUCUCAGCGUGAGUUGUGGAGGCACGUUCAUUGCUGCUAAAAACCAGUCAUCUUAGUCAUGGGUUUUAUUGCUUCCUGGGACCACUAAUCCCAAACCACCCCUGAUUCAGCAACUUCUUGUUCUCCUUCUCCUCUUAAAUAGUAGGUUCUGAUUUUUUUUUUUCCUGUGUCUGCUUAAUCAUGUGACCUCCUGUCACCUGGAGGGCAGGCUUUCUCCUUAUCUCUUCCAUCCACGUCAGUUGGUAGCUAAGAGCUCCAGGCUCAGGAAGGCUGGACUCCCCUCUGGGUGGAAGGGCCGAUCUCAAGGUCAGCAGCGGAAGGAGUUGGACCCAUUCUGCAGUCACAUCACAGGUCCAAGACAGGCUAGCCGGGGUGCAGCUGUUCACGAGAGGAGAACAACGGCUGCGUUUAUCCUGCUUCUCCUCCAUAAAGAAACCUGGUCAUUUUAUUUGUACUGCUGUGGGGAAAAUAAAAAAAAACAAAGUUCAUGCUACAUUAAAUAUCUGGGCCUCCUGCAUUAUCAUAAAUCUCAUACUGGGGGAGGGUGCCCUCUCUCUCCUUGUUUCUUUAAUUGCAAGUGGUAAUGAAUUGAGGCCUGAUGGAUGAGGCCUUUGGGGUGGAAAAUAUAUUUGUUUUUAUUUUCUCAAAGUACUGAACCUUGUCAUUUCCACGUGGACUUCUCCACAAAUGGCAAAGUCCCUUAUCUGCAGAAUUUCCUGCACCUCUUUUGCGUUUGUGUACCCAUUACCCCCCUGAACUGAAUUUGAAAAAAUAAUUUAAAAUGAAAACCAAAUCAUCCAUAUUUUUAUUCUUUGCCCGGGGUGGGGGUUGGUGAAUAGCAUGAUUAAAAGAGCAGAUGACCCUUUCUUUCCUUGCCUUUCUCCUCCACACACAAUAUCCAGGAAGGAGAGGGAGAGAGGGAAAAAGAUACACGAGCCUUGACUGCCAAAGACUCUGAAAACACAGUUUGCAAGGACUUCCUGUUUGUUUCCUGUUUGGGUUUUUUGUUUUUGUCCCUAUAGGAAAUAGUUUGUGUGUGUGUCUGUGUGUGUGUGAAAGAGAGAGAGAGGGAGGGAGAGAGACUGACUUAGAGUCAGAAUCACAUAUGAAAUAAAACCCCACAUUUAGCUCGGAGAUGUAUCUGAAUGAACAGAUAUAUGCAAGCGUAAACAUUAAUGAGUGGCUCUUCAUUGUGUGUUAACUGCUCUCUAAUAAAUUACCAGGUAAUUAAUGAGGGCUCUAGUUAUACUUCGAGUUGUCUAUCUUAAGCAUUCAUUUUCAUUAAAACUUCUGCUGCCAGGUUAAAGCCGUUAGUAGCCAUCUUGUAGAAGAGAACAGAUGUGACUUUCACAAAUAGAGCCGCCAAUGUGAGCCACAUAUGUAGUUUUAAAAUUUUCUAGCAGCCACAUUAAAAGUGCAAAAAAAGUGAAAUUAACUUUAAUGAUGUAGUUGAUUUAACUCAGUCUAUCCAAAAUAUUAUCAUUUCAACAUGUAAUCAAUAUAAAGUUAUUAAUGAGAUAUUUGACAGUUUUUGGUACUGACUCUUCAAAAUCUGGUGUGUAUUUUACACUUACUACACAUCUCCAAUCGGACUAGCCACACUUCAAGUGCUCAAGAGCCACAUGUGGGUUGGCUGUUGCAUUGGACAGCAGGGCUAGUGUCCGUCUGCUGUUUCACAGUAUUGAGAAGGUCCUCCUACAGCGUAUGUGUAUUUUUGUUGUUACAAGAGAAAAUGGAAACCAAACGCUACAUGUUACUUGAGUACUGCGGUGUUUCCCCAAGUGCAGGACACUAGGAUCAAGAGCUGCCCUGUGGAAAAAUAGAUUCGGUGAUGAAAUAAGGUAGGAAAGUUCUAUUCUUGUACCCCCUUUUGGAGAUUUACAUGGUGUGCUAACAUAGCACAGACUCUGAGAAAACUCUCUUGGGUAAAGGAACCUAUUGGAAGUUGAGUUCUGUGUCUGUAAGGUUCCACCUCCUGAGUGUGACUGUUACCCAGCUACCACUAUAACAACAUGGUUAGUCUGGCAUGGUACAUUUAUGGUAUGCUUAUAAUAUUUUUUUUUCCUACCGAGGUGUUCUAACACCCCUUGCCUCCCCCCGCCCACCCCGCCAGGCCCAUGAAAGAUACCAAAACAAUGGUUCUGUCCCUGAGUAUUUAUCCCUAUUAAUUAUCUUGCCCUCACAAAAACCUGAGGUCAUUCUUUACUACACUUUUGGGGACAAGAAUUCUGGAAAUUGCCACAAGUGUCUCUGCGUAAGGAAAACUGUCUUCCCCUCCUCCACUCUUUUCAGAGCCUAUCUCUACUUAUUCUUUGUAUUCAGAAUCACCCGAGAGCCAAGAUAUGUCUUCUUGAUCUAGAACCACCUACUAAAUUGAAACCAGCAGAUGGCUGUAAUGUCUUGUACGUGGACCAGAUUUUCAGAAAGUACCCAAAUACACACCUUCCUCUCAUUCUUUCAGAAAUGAUGAGAACUCUACAAAGAUGAGGGGAGAAACAUCUGAAUGUGUGUAUGUGUAAACACAGAAUACAGUUUCAUAAGUAGAGUAAUACCGUUCCUGCUAAUGCUUUUUAAAAAAAUAUUUUGUGUGUGGUGUUAAUUUACAUGCUUUAGUGUGUACUGUUAUUGUAAAGUGUGUAAAGUAGUUGUGACAGCAAUCAGUUUGAAGAAGAUAUACACUAUACUUAACAACUGUCAAUCUUUAGUAAAUGAUCUUUUUGCCUUUGUUUUAGUGGGACCUCUGACGCUGCCCCUGUAAGUUUUGUUUUACGAUCUGUACUGAAGUGGCAAUUACCAGUUAAACAACUUCUGUCGCUGAAUUUGGUCCAUGUUGACUGUAGUAAUGCUUAUAUGUGGAUGUAUUUAAAUAAGAUUGAUUUAAAUGAUCUGUUUUGUCUCUGUUUUUUAGCACUUUAGUAUUUCAAUAUUAGAGAUGUCUUCUGAAGACUCUAGCAGCAGUAGAAUCCCUUCGCUCUUGAAAACGCAAAUUAUACCAUGAGUUUCAUAUAGACUUUCCAGAAGUAGGAGUGGAACGUUCUAAGUACAAAAGUUUGGCUUUAGAAUCUGUCUGAUUAGGAAGGGUAGUCCAUUCCCUAAACAGGUAACAGCCUUCCCAACUUUGAACAUCUGGGGGAGCUCUACUUGGAAAAGAAGUCUGAAUUUUAAUCUCAUGGAUUUAAUGGCGCUAAAUUAACACAAAUUUUUAAAAUGGAUUUUGUAGAAUCCAAUUAUUAGGGGAAAUCAUUUAGCAAAGCCAUAUACUGGGGAAUAGUCAAACACCACGUGCUAGUUUUGGAAUGUGCAUUUCCCAAGUGAAUAGAAUUUACUUCACCAAAAAGAUUUUUCUGCACAAUUCACAAUACUUACAGAAAUAUGAUUGUAUCAUUGGAGAAAAAAAAAGCUCACCUCUCUAAUGAUACAUUUCACAUUCACUAGUAAACUAGUGUAAUUCCUUAAUUAUUUGGGGGGGGGGGGGAUGCAAAAGAAUAAUCUGUCCAUAGAAUAUAACUGCUUAUUCCUAACUGUAUUUAGGAACGAAUAUAUACUAUUAUCUAAAGUACUAUUGAAUUUUGAAGAACUGCUCAAUAAAUUCGUAUUAUUAAUAAAAUUGUACUCUUUACAUUUGCCUCAGCACAAAUGCAGUUAAAAACAUAAAUUUAUUUUAAAAUACACCAAAUAAUACACAUUAGUUAUCAUGACUUUAAAAUUCUAAUUUCCAAUAGCAUUAAAUCCCACACCAGUUAUGUGUUGUAUAUAACUAAAAUGUUUAAAGUCUUGCACACAAAAUGAGAGGCUUCUUCAAAAAUGCCUUUUUUGCCAAAAACAGGUUCUACGACCUAUUGCUAAUUAUUAUAUUUCUUUAGGGGUACUUUGAAGCGCUUUCAAAGACAUAUCUGUAGCAGUUAGAUCUAAAUUUAGAGCAGAACAUUCUGUCAGAUAUUUUGCCAUAUCACAAAAUGUUGUAGUACUGUAUUUUAUAAUAAAACCAAAUUCUCAUAUUCUGGUGUAUUAUGUAUUAUUAUAGCAAAAAAACACUUUCUAGCUGUCUAUUAUUGUGUAUAUAAUAUUUUAAGAAAAUAAUGGGUAUUUCAGUCCAAGCAAGAAAGUAUAAUGCAAUACGUGACAUCCAGUUGAUCUUUAGUCAAAAUCCAUUUAGGUAUUUGACAGGGAAACUAGCAAUCAUACGCUUGAAUGUAUACAUUAUUCUCAAGAACAAAAUGGCAAACGAUAAUACAUAAAGACAUAGUCACUGGGGCAAGUUAGCUGGUGUGCAGACUGAAAAGGAUCAACUUGCCAAUGCUCAUCAGAUUUUUUGUUAUUGGUUGUUCCUGGAAGGGGAAGUGCUACAGUCAGUUGAUGUUGCCUCCCCUUAGGUGGGGGACUUGCUCACAGUCAGUGCAUGGUAUAGUGAAAUCUCUUUGGAAGCAGGGUUGAGUCAGAAGCUUAGAGAUGCACCUCACUGUCUUUAAAACUGCUGUUACAAUGUUCUGAGCACUGUGAUCUUUCCAAAUGUGUUUUCUGUAUUUGUUUUGUACUGUAGAAAAUAAUACACCAUAAACUGGACUCUGUAGUGUUUCAAGCAAUGUUAUUUAUUGGCUUAUUGCCCCCCGCAUAUUUAUGGACAGUUUACUUAAUAAUAUAAAACCUGUGAUAAUCCUUUGCCUUAAAAAUAAAAUCUAAUGCUAAAUAUUGAGUGUGCUCUAAUAAUUUUAAGCUACAGAUUAAUUUUUCCUUUAACACUUAAGAAAGUGUCAAAUAAAAUAGUACACGAAUACUCUGUGGAGUGUUGCUGCCUAUUCUGUUCUUGUGACAGUGUGUGUAUCUUGAUCCAGGACAUGAUGACCUGCUGGGUUCUAUAAAUAGAUAUUAGUAAUCCUUUUAGAGAAUGGGCCUGGCACUUAGCUGUGAGCUGAAUACCUCCCCUUAACUCUUAUAAAUAGAUUUUCCCAUGCCACAGAAGAAUGAAGAAAAACAGCCCUUCAUGUUCUCUCUCUCUACAAUUUUUGUCUUGAUUCCUACUGAAUCUUCACAUUUUAUUUGUGUUGCCAUCAUAUUCCUAAAUAGAAAAAUGCCAGAGAUGCCUGAAGAUGGAUGAAAUCACCUAAUUUCAGCAGGGAAAGGGAUCUUGCAAUUAUUCAAGUGCAGUUUCUUAUGGAACAGUUAGAACCCGAGUUGUAGAGAGGUUUAGUGACUGCUCAAGCUCUGAGCGACAAGGGUGGGCUGACCCCAUCCUGAUGUCCAGAAGAUUGUCACAGCUCCAAUAAAUGAAAAGGAACUGUGUUAGUCCUGGGGCUGGCACACAGCAGCAAGUAGAGGGAGAUAUGGCGUGGGCUAGAAAACCAUUUCCUUAUUAGGUCCUGGUCUUCGCCUGGCUGAUUUAAUCAGUUAUAGAGGAAUAUAUUUUGAAGGCAGUUUUUCUGCGAAAGAAAGCGUUGGCUCUUAGGGAUUAUCACAGAUGCUCUUUCACCCUGGAAGCAAUGCUUCAGACUUGGCCCAGUGAAAAGGUACAUCCUGGGUGCGUGAUAAUACACUUGUACUUUGAAAAGCAUCUGUGUGGUCUGCUUAUUUUUAAGUGACCGGAAACGCUGGUCCUUUGAGGAAUUAGGCGUUAUUUAGGUCCAGAAAAGAGAGACUGGGCUGGAAAGGCAUCCUGACCCCGAUUCCGGGCCCCAUGGGCUGCGGGUUUUCGAAGGGAUGUGACGGUUUCCCACGCGAGCGCCGACCAAAGGGCUCUAGGACCCAGCGGCUGCGCGCGGGGCCGGCGGGGCCCGCCGCCUCCUGUGGGGCUCGGCGCGGGCUGUAGCUGGGCGCGGGUUCGCGGCCUGCCCACGGAUCGUCACCGCAGAGACGCGGCGGGCACUGAGGCGCGCGGGCGGCGCACGGUGCGCGUGGGCGUGGCCCGACCCGGCCGCGCGCCCCGCCCCAGCCCCGCCGGUUUGCUUGACCCCAGGCCCAGCUCCAGGGCCCGGGUCUCGCGCCCUUGGCGGGCAGCGCAAAGCGCGGGAGCAGUUGGGGCCGGGCAUGCCGGGAGCCCCCGGGGCAGCCGCCGCCGCCGCCACCACCACCGCUACCGCCACCGCGUCUGUCGCCGGUGCGCGCCGCUGACGCGCGGAGAUGAAAUUCCCGGGCUCGGUGCUGGCGUCCGUGUUCCUGUUCGUGGCCGAGACGACGGCGGCGCUGUACCUGAGCAGCACCUACCGCUCGGGCGGGGACGGCAUGUGGCAGGCGCUGACGCUGCUCUUCUCACUGCUGCCCUGCGCCCUUGUGCAGCUCACGCUCCUCUUCGUGCACCGCGACUUCAGCCGCGACCGGCCGCUCGUGCUGCUGCUGCACCUGCUACAGCUCGGGCCACUCUUCAGGUGUUUUGAAGUCUUCUGCAUCUAUUGUCAGUCAAGCCACAUCGAAGAGCCUUAUGUCAGCAUCACCAAGAAGCGACAGAUGCCAAAAAAUGGCCUCUCAGAGGAAAUUGAGAAGGAAGUGGGCCAGGCAGAAGGCAAGCUAUUCACCCACCGAUCUGCGUUCAGCCGGGCAUCAGUGAUCCAGGCUUUCCUGGGCUCAGCCCCCCAGCUGACCCUGCAGCUGUAUAUAAGCGCCCUGCAGCAGGACGUCACUAUCGGAAGAUGUCUCUUCAUGGUUCUCUCCCUACUGUCCAUCGUGUAUGGAGCCUUGCGCUGUAACAUCCUAGCCAUCAAGAUCAAAUACGAUGAAUAUGAUGUCAAAGUGAAGCCCCUGGCCUAUGUCUGUAUCUUCCUCUGGAGGAGCUUUGAGAUUGCCACUCGAGUCAUUGUCCUGGUCCUCUUUACCUCUGUCCUGAAGACCUGGGUGGUGAUAGACAUACUCAUCAACUUCCUCACCUUCCUCUUCUACCCCUGGAUCCUCUUCUGGUGCAGCGGCUCCCCCUUCCCUGAGAACAUCGAGAAGGCCCUCAGUCGGGUGGGCACCACCAUCGUGCUGUGCUUCCUCACCUUACUCUACGCCGGGAUCAACAUGUUCUGCUGGUCAGCGGUACAGCUGAAAAUCAACAACCCCGACCUCAUCAGCAAGUCCCAGAACUGGUACCAGCUGCUGGUGUACUACAUGUUGAGAUUCAUCGAGAACGCCUUCCUCCUCCUCAUGUGGUAUCUUUACAAGACUGACAUCUAUAUGUAUGUGUGCGCACCCCUGCUGAUCCUGCAGUUGCUCAUCGGGUACUGCACGGCCAUUCUGUUCAUGAUCGUGUUCUAUCAGUUCUUCCACCCUUGCAAAAAGCUCUUUUCCUCUAGUGUUUCUGAAAGCUUUCAGGAGUGGCUAAAGUGUGCUUGCUGUGACUGCAGGCGGCGGAAAUCCUCUGAGUCUGCAGAAAAGACAGAUCUAAGGUCACCCGCAGACAGAGAGGAAACCCCUUCUAGCAGUAAAAUAAGUUCUAUGCCCAGCCAGAUCUUGAAUGCCGAUGAGCUCUUUUCUGCUUAAUGGGACCUGAGUCUCUUGAGGCACAGAUGUAUUGUUUGCUGGGUUGAUGCCUGUUCUUCAUACAAGUGAUGGGCCCUGCACAGUUAACAAAGCAGGACGUUAUCUCUCAACUCCUUGUGAGUCUCUCCCCUUUAGAGAGCUCUUGGGCGGGCAUGUGGGAACCAUGGAGAGAAGCCAGGGAAACCCCUGAGUGUUGCAGGGGCAACCUAAGGCACCACCAUUCACAGUUGACCAUGUUCUCCCAGGCGUUACUGGCCUUUUCAUUGACAAAGUACCCAUGAUAUCUGAGUUGGGCUGGUUAGAUCUGUCAGGUAGAAUGAGGGCAGGGGCUUACUUGUUUUCUAGUUUUCUGGACUGCUGGUCUAGGUAGCCUAAUGUUUUAUUAUCCCUGAACGUAGUUUUCACCCAAGAGCUGUCUGAUGACCACAGAUGGUUACUGGGGUUUUGCCAUCAGCCACAACAUUCCUGUCAGAGUUUUCAGAGAGGGCUGUUCAAGUUUGGUUUUUGAAUAGACAGAUGUUCCAUUUUCAUCUCAUUCGGGCUCUUUGUACAUAACCAACUGUAGCAGCCUUGGCCUGCUAUCUCUAAUUGACUCAAAAGUCUGGAUUUGGAGACUUUAUUCUCAAGGAUCCAUGGAUGCAAAGUUGAAUUCUAAAUUUGGUUAUGGAAGCCCUAGAAUUUUAGGAAAGUUGUGUUCCUUCAGUAUGUUGAAGAAACUCUGGAUCAAGAGGGUUGUUAAAAUAUCAAAGUGAUUUAGGCUUUUAUAAGCAGAAUUCUUACCUUCUUGUGAUGGUUUAAGAUGAAUCUGCUGGAAGGUAGGCUUAACCUCAUCGAGGUUCAGUCCUGUCUUACAGUUCUGGGAAAUUUCUAGUAGAAUUUGCUAGGAUUUGCCUUCUUAGGAAAGAAGAAAGUAAAACUCAUAGUCUUUACUCCACCUCUUCCUUGCCUGUCAGGAAAGUUUUAGACAAGAGUUACCUUGGUUAACCUAAGUUUUUCUAGAAAACUCCACAGAAAUUUCUCACCUAGCAUAUGUAUAUAGGCCAUUUUAAUUUUCAUUAUUUGAAGGAAAAGGGUUCCCCAACUUCAGUUAGAUGUUGACUUAAGAAACUUUUAAAUUUUGCAAAGAGCUGACAUGACCAGAGAUUUUUAUCUUUAACUGAAUGCAUUUUGAUUUGGUAUGAUUAUGAGUUAAUUUGAAUAAGAACUUCAAUCUUAUCCUCCUACACUCUCCUAUCUUCAGUAUAAUUUCUCCUUUGAUCUGGAACCGUAUUUCUUUCAUAAAAGGAUUUGUAGAAUAUCCUCAGUUGUCUUGGAAAAAUGCCUGGAUCUAGUACCAUUAUUUCUACCAUAAAAACCUUGAUAAUGAAACACCUGGGAGCAGGUGACCUGUCACUGACGAGGCUGGACAUUGCAGGUCGAUCAGGGUUGACAGUCUUAGGACCCAUAAUGGCUGAACUUUCUGACCCAUCGAGUUUCUAACAGCUAGUUUGUCAGGGUACAGGUUAAAAUGGUGAGUUUGAGUAGGAGUUGUGGUCAGAAUUAGACAGGGAUGGAGAGACUGGUACUUCCCCAGCCUUGGUUUGGAAGCCUGUCUCAAGAACCACUACAAAAUCUGGGCCUUCAAAUACAUUUAAAAUCAUUUUAAGGUAGAAUAUAGGUAAGCAUAUUGAGUGACCCCAAACCAAACUGACAGUGAUGGUCUGUCACACUCCUAAAGCCCAAUUAUAAGCCACAUUUAAAAGGAUAAAGAGGUUUGGUAACUAAAUUGAACAUUUUGUCAUCUUUAACUCUUGAUAUGCAGAUACCCCUGCUUUGGGGCCAUAUAUGUCUAGUCACUUUGGGGAAGAGAAACCACUGCUUUUUUUCUUCAUGGCCACAAUUUAAGUCAUAGUGAACUGAGAAAUCUUGUUUUUAAAUUAUUUGUAUUAUACCUCUGAAAUGGCAAAAUUAUAGCUCAGACUGCAGAACUAGGUUGCCCUAAAGACAAACAAACCAGCAAAUUUCCUCCUAUCUUGAGAGUUAAAAUGUCUUUUUCAGUAAUAAUUCCAAUUUUUAAAACUCUCCGUGCUUUGUCUAAUUAAUUAUAUGCCAUAACUUGUCGCAACAGAUACUCCAGCUGAUUCAUUAUCAUUUGGCUGGAUGGAGGUGAAGUGUUUCCUCGAAAUAUAUUGAAAUAAGAUCAUCAAACACGUUUAGACUUUCUUCAUUACUGGAGACAGUGCAGUGUAGAGGCUGGCAUCUCCCUGUCCAGCCCUGCAAGUGAGUUCAUUGUUCUAUGCCUCAGUUUCCUCACCCACAAAAUUUGCAUGAGAUACUUGCCCGGGCUACCUCACAAGGUUGUCAGAAGAACAAAUUAAAUAAUAGGUGUGAAAAUGCUUUGAAAAUAUUUUUGAAGUGCCAUGCAUGUUUAAAGGAGUUGUUUUUAUAGUUAUUCAAAUCCAUAACAGGUUAUUGUUUUGUUUUGUUUUGUUUACCGUUAGAGAAGAAACAAGUAGCAUCAUUCACAUGAGUGUCUUAAGUGAAUAUGUCGGCCUUUGGCCUUACGGAAGGACAAGUGUAAAAUGGCCUUUAUUCUUGGAGAGAACUCAACAGUUGCCCUUUCUCUUACCAUCAGUUGCUUAUAAAAAUUAGCACCCAAACAUAUGGUACUUGGAGGAAAAAGACCCACUGAAAUCUGAGAAAUUGCUUUUGAUAACAAAUGAGCUUAUCAUUUUUGUAUGUCAUCUUUCAUAAAGGAUAUAGCAGCAUCUUUUGUUAAUUUUGCUUUACAAUUUGAAUGCCUGAUCCCGCUAGACUUUAAUUGAAUGUGGGUAUAAUUUUUUCAGCCUUGUAAAUGGGAAAAAUAAACUUUAAAAUCGAUUGUCAAAUACAGCAUUUUCUUGGAAACCUCCUUAGAACAUUAGUGCUAUGGUUAUGACUAUGUGUCAGUACUCCUCAGCCAGUACAUUGUGGAUGUGAGCUUUUGCAGGCUGCUUCUCUGCAGCCAUUCGCUCUAAUAAAUAUUGUUUAUGUUUCUUCAUAUAAUAAAUUAAUUUUUCAAUUUC